AUGUCAGACGACCUGUUCUUAUCGCUUGACUUCGGUUUGAUUUACGAAGAGUUAAACUUCACAUAUAACAUGUCAGGCUUCGUCCCGGACCCCGCCACGCUGCAGUGUGCGCACCUCACCGUGUCAGACGCCGCCACAGUCGUCCUCACCGUCUUCUACGCGCUGGUGUUCGCUGUGGCGCUGCCCGGGAACCUGUGUGUGUGCGCAGUGCUGGUGCGCGGUCGUCAGCCCCUCCCCCUUCAGCCCCUCCCCCCUCAUCCCGUCUCCCCUCGGCUCCUCCUCCCUCAGCCCCUCCCUCCCUCAGACCUAUUCCUGUUGCACCUGGCGCUGGCCGACCUGCUGCUUGCCGCCACGCUGCCGUUCUGGGCCGUGUCGCUGUGGCGUGGCUGGGUGUUUGGGGACGUGCUGUGUAAGACGGUGAGCACGCUGCAGGAGCUGAGCUUCUACAGCAGCGUCCUGUUCCUGAGCGUCAUCAGCGUCGACCGUUACCUGGUGAUUGUGCGCAGCGUGCAGACGCGGCGCGGCCGCAGAGCGCUGAGCCGUAUGGCGUGCGCGGCGGUGUGGGCGCUGGGCGCGCUGCUGUCGCUGCCCGCGCUCCUCAGCGCCGCGUCCCAGACUCAGGGCUCUGUCAGCGUGUGCCGCGAGCACUACGACCCCCGCAGCGCCGACAUGUGGCGCCUGGCGACCCGCACGCUGCGCCACGCUCUGGGCUUCCUGCUGCCGUUAGCCAUGAUGCUAACGUGUUACGGCGUGACGGUGCGGCGCCUGUUGCAGAUGCGCCGGGGCUUCCAGAAGCACAGGGCCAUGCGGCUGCUGGUGUGUGUGGUGCUGGGCUUCCUGCUCUGCUGGUCACCGUACCAUGUGGCGCUGAUGGUGGACACACUGCUGCGUGCGCGGCUGCUGCUGCACGACUGCGGCGUGAGGCUGAGCGUGGACCGCGCUGUGUUAGCGACGCACGCCAUGGGGCUGCUGCACAGCGCCAUCAACCCGCUGCUCUACGCCUUCGUGGGACAGAAUUUCAGAAGCCGCUGUGCACAGCUGAUGCGUCACUGCGGCGCGAGGACUGUAACCUCACGCUCGAGUCGCAGCUCUGUGUCCGAGGUCACCGCCAACUGA